AUGGCCGAGGCUGCGGAGCCGGAGGGGUGUGCCCCGGGUCCCCAGGGGCCGCCGGAGGUCCCCGCGCCUCUGGCUGAGAGACCCGGAGAGCCGGGAUCCGCGGGCGGGGAGGCAGUGGGGCCGGAGGGGAGCGAGGGCGCAGAGGAGGCGCCAAGGGGCGCUGCCGCGGUGAAGGAGGUGGGAGGCGGCGGGCCGGAUAGGGGCCCGGAGGCCGAGGCGCUGGGCACGACGGGGGCGCACGGUGAGGCGGAGGCCGAGGAGGGAGCCCCGGAGGUUGCCCAGGUGCCGCAGGGAGGGGAGGAGACAAGCGGCGCGCAGCAGGUGGAGGGGACGAGCCCGGGGAGCUGCGCGCAGGGCGAGUCCCGCGGGGAGGCUCAGAGGGAGCCGGAGGACUCUGCGGCCCCUGAGAGGCAGGAGGAGGCGGAGCAGAGACCUGAGGCCCCUGAAAGCAGCGCGCCCGGGGCGGCGGGGGACAGCGUAGACGCGGAGGGCCCGGCGGGGGACAACAUAGAAGCCGAGGGCAGGGUGGGGGACAGCGUAGACGCGGAGGGCCGGGUUGGGGACAGCGUAGACGCGGAGGGUCCGGCGGAGGACAGCUUAGAAGCAGGGGACCCUGCAGGGGACAGGGUAGAAGCGGGGGACCCUGCGGGGGACAGGGUAGAAGCGGGGGACCCUGCGGGGGACAGGGUAGAAGCGGGGGACCCUGCGGGGGACAGGGUAGAAGCCGAGUGCCCGGCGGGCGACAGCAUGGACGCCGAGGGUCCGGCAGGAGGGGCGCGCCGGGUCUCGGCUGAGCCGCAGGAAGGAGGGGACCGCAGCCUCCCGCCCCAGGCCGAGGCAAUUGAGGUCGCAGACGGGGAGAGCGCGGGGCGCAGCCCUGGUGAGCGCGCCUGGGACGCAGCGGAGGAGACGGAGGUCCCGAGGGGAAAGGGGUCCGAGGAAGCGGCCCCCGGGGACGCGAGGGCAGACGCUGUCGAGGACGGGGUAGGGGAUGGGCCCCAGCAGAAGUCAGGGGAGGAAGAGGAAAGGCGAGAGCAGAGCCCGGAGGGGCCAAGUGAGGAGGCCGCAGCUGGGGGCGAGGAGGAAUUCCCCGACAGCAGCCCACAUGAGGAGGCCUCCAGGUGCGCCGCGGAGCCUGAAGCCCAGCUCAGCAACCACCUGGCCGAGGAGGGCCCCGCCGAGGCUGGCGACGAGGCCGCGCGCAUGAACGGCCGCCGGGAGGACGGAGAGGCGUCCGAGGAGGGGGCCCUGGGGCAGGAGCACGACAUUACCCUCUUCGUCAAGGCUGGUUAUGAUGGUGAGAGUAUCGGAAAUUGCCCAUUUUCUCAGCGUCUCUUCAUGAUUCUCUGGCUGAAAGGCGUUAUAUUUAACGUGACCACAGUGGACCUGAAAAGGAAACCUGCAGACCUGCAGAACCUGGCUCCCGGAACAAACCCUCCUUUUAUGACUUUUGAUGGUGAAGUCAAGACGGAUGUGAAUAAGAUCGAGGAGUUUCUAGAGGAGAAAUUAGCUCCCCCGAGGUAUCCCAAGCUGGGGACCCAGCAUCCCGAGUCUAAUUCGGCCGGAAACGACGUGUUCGCCAAAUUCUCAGCAUUUAUAAAAAACACAAAGAAGGAUGCAAACGAGAUUUAUGAAAAGAACCUGCUGAAGGCCCUGAGGAAACUGGAUAAUUACUUAAAUAGCCCUCUGCCUGAUGAAAUAGAUGCCUACAGCAUGGAGGAUGCCGCUGUUUCUGGAAGGAAGUUUCUGGAUGGGGAUGAGCUGACGCUGGCUGACUGCAACCUCUUACCCAAGCUCCAUAUUAUUAAGAUUGUGGCCAAGAAGUACAGAGAUUUUGAAUUUCCUUCUGAAAUGACUGGCAUCUGGAGAUACUUGAAUAAUGCUUAUGCUAGAGAUGAGUUCACAAAUACGUGUCCAGCUGAUCAAGAGAUUGAACACGCAUAUUCAGAUGUUGCAAAAAGAAUGAAAUGA